AGCAUUCGUCCGGUGCCACACGGAUAAUCCGUUCCUCCUCCCUCCACGCGCCAAAACCGCAGCCACCAUUUCCCCUGCUGCCUGCUCCCACUUGAGUUCCACCAAAAUUCCCCGGGAAAACACACACCCGCUUCACAACCAAUUCCUCGGGAUCCAUUGCUCUGGGCUGGGGUGCGGCGAAGGGAGAGAGACAUGUCUAUGCAGUCCGCGGCGCACGCAGUCCGGGCGCUCGCCGCGCUCCCGGCGCCGUCGUCCUCCUCCCGCCGUCGAGCGGGCCAUGCGCCGUCCCUUCUGCCUUGCCGGCCCAGUCGAGCUGUUGCACCGGUCCGAGCCGCAGAUUCUUCACCCCCUGCCGCGCCCGCGUCGCCGUCGCCGUCCGGAGCAGCCGGCGGGAAGGCCGUCGUCCCCGACGACGAGUUCACCCUCGCCAAGGUGUCAUUUGGUGUGAUUGGCCUAGGGAUAGGCGGCUCCCUCUUGUCGUAUGGAUUUGGGGCUUAUUUCAAUAUUCUCCCCGGUUCGGAGUGGUCUGCUCUCAUGCUAACCUACGGAUUUCCUCUCACAAUCAUCGGCAUGGCCUUGAAGUAUGCUGAACUGAAACCAGUGCCCUGCAUAACCUAUUCUGAUGCUUUCGCUUUAAGAGAUAAGUGCGCUACCCCUAUCCUCAAGCAGGUUAGGAAUGAUGUAACACGUUAUAGAUAUGGUGAUGAGCAGCACCUGGAUGAAGCGCUAAAGCGAAUUUUUCAAUAUGGUUUGGGUGGUGGCAUUCCAAGACGUAGUGCACCUAUAUUACAAAAGAUUCAAGAAGAAGUAACUGAGGAAGGAAAGUACUGUUUAGUACUUGAAUUCGAAGCCAAAGCGUUGGAGCUAUCUGAUUUUGAGAAGAGACAGGCAAAAUUCACCUCCUUUUUUGGUCCUGGGAUUAAGGCAGAAAUUGGCAAAGGUGGCGAUGAUCUGUAUGAAGUGCGUCUUAUCUCAGAGACUACUUAGAAAACACACAGUGACGAGUUAUGCAGUUCCCUUCUCUGCUAAUAUACAGCAAAAUGUUCAUCAUUUUCCUUUUUCCACUAAUCUUCAUAAAAUAUUGUCAAUCUUUUCCCCUUCCCUGUGUUUUGGCUUCUGAGCUUGUGUCUACUGGAUGCAGUUCCAUUGUUCCAAACCUAGCAUCAUAUGCUUCAUGCACAUACACACAGAAGAAGGCUGUUGUAAUAUAGAUGUAAAUUUGGCUUGGUUGAAAACUUGGUCCAUAUAGUAGUUUACCUGAUAUUU